ACGUGUGUCGACACUGAUUGAAUGAAACAUGUAAAGAUUCCUAUCCAAAAUCGGGUCUAUUAGAAGCAUCAUCAUUUAUGAUUCAUGAGUGUGUGAAUCUUUCAUCGCUCAAAAGUCUCAAUAUAAUCAAAAAUAAAAUUGUCUUAAGUUUAAGUUUCGAAAAUGGAGUCUAAUUAUCAAAACCAAUCGGGAGCGCAGCAGAGUCACCAACAGCUUGACCAAUACGGAAAUCCAGUCCCAGUCGGAACCGGAGUCUAUGCAGCUCCGGUCAUGGCUGGUGGCCUGCUUCAUCGUUCUGGAAGUAGCUCUAGCUCUAGCUCUAGCUCGGAGGACGAGGGACUAGGUGGAAGGAGGAAGAAAAAGGGAAUAACGGAGAAGAUAAAGGAGAAGCUGCCAUGUGGUCAUCAUGGGUCCCACCAGACUUCUUCAGCGAUUGGCAACACCACGGCUUAUGAUACUACUGGCACCGGCGCCGUUCACCACGAGAAGAAAGGCAUUGUGGAGAAGAUCAUGGACAAGCUUCCCGGUGGCCAUUAUUAGUUACAUUUUCAAUCAAAGUUGCUUCCAUGUUCUUUAGGUAGUUUCUAUUGUGUAAUAAUAUAAAAACCUGCCUUUGUAAGGUGCGUUACGCGUUU